AUGCGCGCGGACGUGCUGAGGACUUCACCGCUAGUGGUGGCGGUGCACGCAUUGGCAACGCCCGAGGAGUGCGCCAGCCUGAGGCGUGAGGCGGCCGGCGACCUCGGGCGGGCCCCCGUCAGCGGGGGCGCCUCCCGCGACAGGCGUGCCCUGUCGAAGGGGCUCUACCCGGCGGAGGGUCCCGGCGGUGCCAACGACACCGUCACGAGGCUCGCCGACCGUUUCUUCGAGGUGGCUCGGCAGCUGACAGGCUACGAGCUUCACCGAGAGGGCCAGGAGCCAGCGCAGUGGCUAGUCUACAAGCCCGGCUACGAAUACCGCCCCCACUGUGACGGCGACUGCGGUGAGCCCAGCGUCGUCUUCGGGGACCGAAUGGCGACAUCGUUGCUGUACUGCGCGGUGGCCGACGAGGGUGGCGGCACGGUGUUUACGACCGACGGCUUGAAGGUCGAGCCCACGGUGGGCAUGAUGCUACUGUUCACGUACAACCCGGAUCCUCAGGGUCUCUCGCGGCACGCCGCAUGCCCUGUGCUCCGCGGGGAAAAAGCGACGGCCACCCAGUGGUACCGGGAAGGGGUCUCCAAGGAGCACGACUACAAGUUCGUCCAGAAGGGCGGCAGGCUGGCGCCACGGAGGAGGCGACGACGCGGCAAGCGGGAGCGCGAGGAGAUCUGA